UCUCUCUCUCUCUCACAUUCAAUGCUUUACCAAACACACCACGACACUACUACUACUACUCAUAUCUUCUUUUUCUUAACAUCUUCAAUUAUUCUCCUCUCUUUUCCUGCAAUUCGCCGGUUCAACAAGAAGUUAUGGAGUUCCUUUUCCGACGAUUUCUGCGCUAUAACUGGUGUCCCCGGCGACGACUUCUUCGUUGAUGGCCUUCUUGACUUCUCCGACGACGGUGACUUCGAGGAAGAAAACGAUGAUACCCAUGUUCUCCUUCUCGACAACAAAAACGACAAACCACUUUCCAUUUCUCCGGUCAAAAAAGCCGAUAUCGGCCAUACCCAUGCUUUCUCUAUCCCGGAGAGCGACCUUUGCCUUCCGGUGGAUGACGUGGCAGACCUUGAAUGGGUUUCUCAUUUCGUUGACGACUCAUUCUCCGGCGGCUACUCUUUAACGUGCCCCGCCGGGAAGUUUCCAGAGAAGAAGUCGGAGCCGGAAACGGAAACUUUCAUAACCGUAAACGUAAACGUAAAACCUUCCUUCACGACUCCGGUUCUUACAAAAGCAAGGAGCAAACGAACUCGAACCGGCGGCCGGGUUUGGUCACUCGGGUCGACGCCGUUGACUGAUUCGUCGACUUCAAGUUCCUCCUCUUCAUCAUGUACUUCAAACCCUUGGCUCUUUUUCCACGACUCCGCUCAAACCGCCGAGUCAAUUUUCGGGAAACCGCCGGUGAAGAGACAGAAGAAGAGGAAAACCCAUCCACCGGCGGCGGACGCCGGUGGUGGUUCACAGCCUAGGCGUUGCAGUCAUUGCCUCGUACAGAAAACCCCACAGUGGAGAGCCGGUCCGCUAGGCGCCAAAACACUUUGUAAUGCAUGUGGGGUCCGUUACAAAUCCGGUCGACUUUUGCCGGAAUAUAGACCGGCGUGUAGUCCAACUUUCUCCAGCGAAGUCCACUCUAACAACCACCGGAAAGUUUUGGAAAUGCGGCAGAAGAAGGAGUCCGCCGAGCCCGGUUUACCUUUUCCGGUUCAGAGUUUUUGAAGCAGGAAUGUUAGCUAGUUAGGAAACAGAAAAAGGAAAUUAGAAUUUGUAUGAACCGGGUUUAGUUAGUCACCCGGUUUGGUACGUUAGGUUUUCUAGUAACCGAUUAGUAAGAGACU